AUGAGACUUAAACGUCCAAAGACUUUAGCGGUGAUUGGUUUACAGUGGGGUGACGAAGGCAAAGGUAAAGUCACCGAUUUUUUAGCUCAGCAGAGCGACGUGAUUGUCCGUUUUCAAGGCGGUAAUAACGCGGGACACACAAUCGUCACGGGCGGUGAAAAAUUUGCCCUUAGCCACCUACCCGUCGGCGUUUUCAAUCCCAAGGCCAUUAACGUGAUCGGUCAAGGUUGCGUGGUUAACCCUCAGCAGUUGCUAGAAGAAAUUAACCAGUUGAAAGCGCGCUGAAAAAAACCGUUUCAACUUUACAUUUCCGAUCGCGCCCACGUGAUUAUGCCUUACCAUCUUGACCUUGAUCGGGUUAGCGAAGAAAAAGGCAGUCAGCCGAUCGGCACGACCCGCAAAGGAAUCGGGCCGGCUUACCAAGAUAAAUACGCUCGACUAGGAAUUAGGUGGGCCGAUUUUAUCGUACCUAGUUAUUUUCGACAAGUUUUAGCCCGCGUUUUGCCGGUUAAAAAUCGUCAGUUAGCGAGUUGAAAACUACCCAUUUAUAAGCCGGAGACUUUAACUGAGCAAAGCGCUCUAGCGGUUCGCGAAUUGGCGCCUUACGUAGUUGACGCGGGUCGUUUAAUUGACCGAGCGAUUGGUCAGCAAAAACGAGUUCUUUUUGAAGGUUCGCAAGGGGUCAUGCUUUGCGUGGAGAACGGCACUUACCCGUUUGUGACUUCUUCGUCGCCGACUGGUGCUGGUGUGGCGCUCGGCGCUGGCGUUGAUUUUCACGCUCUGGAGCGCGUUUUGGGGGUCGUGAAAGCUUACAGUACCCGGGUCGGAGCCGGUUUUUUUCCAACCGAGAUUAACGGAACGAUCGCCGAGCAGAUUCGCCAGCGCGGUCAUGAAUUUGGCACCGUAACUAAGCGUCCGCGUCGGAUUGGUUGACUGGACGCGGUCAUGCUUCGCCACAGCGUGCGGGUGGCCGGCGUUACCGAGCUAGCUCUGACGCUAUUAGAUGUGUUAGACGGUCUAGAUGAAAUACAAAUUGCCACCGCUUACCAGUUGGGUGAGCAAACGAUUGAUUAUGUGCCAGCUUCAAUUUUUGAGUACCAAAAAGUUAAGCCACUCUACCAGACUUUAUCGGGAUGGAAAACUAGUUUGACAAACAUGACCACUCGGAAACAACUACCGAGUCAGCUGCUUAACUACGUCAACCGAAUUAGCCAACUGGUCGGCGUACCGGUUAAAUAUCUUUCGGUCGGCCCCGACCGCCGCCAAACGAUUAAACUCUAG